CCCUCCGGCUCAGGGCAGCGGUUAGAGAAAGUCAACAGAGGAAAAGUUUGAGCUGCUGGAGAGAAACGCCGGAAAGAGAGAGAGAGAGGAGGAAUAAAGAGCAGAUAUAGAGAAACUGCAGGGUGUUUUAUAUGUGUGUAGUGUAGCUGAAGAGGUUGGGGUGUAGUAGGAGUCGCUUGUUGGGGGUUUAAAGGUGUUUCUGGGCUGUUUGUUGAGGAGUUGGUUGAACAGGUGCUGCUGUGGGAGAGGAGACGCUGAUACUCAUGGAGGAAUAGAGGGAGAGACCUGAGAUAGCUGAGGACUGACUGCACGACUGACUGAAGAGCUGACCCAUGUAAGGAAAGGAGCUGGCGGCCUCACACACACACGCACACACACACACAAGGACGCUACUAUGGCAGCAUUCACACGCACCUGCGACUCUAAGGUGAGCUGGACCCUCCAGCCCAGAGGAGAGGAGAUGCAAGCCAAGUGCAACAAGAGACGCAGCCCUCAGGACAACCAGAGUGUCAGUAACUGCAGCACAGUGCUGGAGAAGACUCAGGAGUUCUUCCAGAUCUGUGACACUGAAGAUAAAGGCUUCAUCACUCGGCGGGACAUGCAGAGGCUACUUGGAGAGCUGCCCUUAUGUGCUGACGAUCUGGAGAAUGUUUUCGACAGUCUGGACACUGAUGGCAAUGGAUACCUCACCCUGGAUGAGUUCUCCUCUGGCUUUAGUGAGUUCUUAUUUGGUCCGACGGCAUCAGCAUCAUCUCUGCGGACAUCUAAAGAACAAAGCUCGAUGCAGAGUCCUCCUGAGCAGCUCUACCAGAGUCAAUGGGAAGAGACACUAAGUGGAGGGGAGGAUGAUGAGGAGAAACAUUUCUCCAUGCUGAUGGAGCAUCUGGGUGCCAACAACGUCUUUGAGGAUCCAGGAGAGGUACGCAGUUUGUGGACUGAGCUCCGUCGGGAUGAGCCUCGCCUCCUAUCCAACUUUGAGGAGUUUCUGGGUAGAGUGACCUAUCAGAUCAAAGAGGCUCACCAGGAGAAGGUGGAGAUGGAGACUGCUCUGAAAAGGAAAGCAGCUUCUCAUGAUGAUGAAAUCCAGCGUCUGUAUGAAGAAAUGGAGCAACAGAUCAAGAAUGAGAAAGACAGGAUUCUUUUACAGGAUUCUGAGAGGUUCUUGACCCGCAGUCAGGAGCUGGAGCAUCAGCUCUCAGCCAAAGAGCGAGAGCUUGAGCUGCUUUCCAACAAACAGAAAAGAUUGGAGAGCCAGUGUAGUGAUCUGCACAGUGAGCAGAGGGAGACAGCAGUGGAGAAUGUGAAGCUGAAGCAGUAUAAUGAGGAACUGGCUCAGGAGCUUGAACACACCACUCAGCAGCUGAGCCUAGCCCAGGAGCAGCUCAAUCUGCUGCAUGAUCAGGCCCUGCAUCUGCAAGAGGAGAGAGAACUAGAGAUGUACAGAGUUACAGAAGGUUUGCAGAGAGAGCGAGCGAGUCUGCUUAAGCAGCUGGAUCUACUAAGGGAAAUGAACAAACAUUUACGGGACGAGCGGGAUAUGUGUCAUCAGACACCAAAGAAUUCUAUGGCACAGUCCUGGGCACAGAGAUCUGGAUCAAUUGCUAUGAAAUACACAGAACGGAAGCAAUCAUUAAGAAGUGAUGAUGAGGAGGAGAUUUUUCCACAUUCUAAGAGGAAGAACACAGUAGGUAUAAAAGGCCACAGCCCAAACGUGGGACCAGAGGACCAAGUAGACAGUCGGCCUUCUCCCAGACGCCAUCUCCAAAGGGUCAUCUCUAUCGAAGAGGACCAUUUCCCCCACCUCCUGCAGGACGAAUACCGGGCCCAGCUCAAGAACUGGAGUGAGGAGGAAGACGAGCUGGACGACGGCAUCGACCUCCAGAUGAGCAGCAUCUACGCCACUACCAGCACUCCAAUCUCACAAUACCCUCCUGCAGACAGCAGGGACGUACAUACCCCCACCUCACCCAGGGGACAGCCAGUGGGGAAGGAGACCGCCCAACUUGAGGAAGGAGCAAGCCAAGGACCAGACCGGCUUUUUAAGAUCGUUCUGGUUGGCAACUCAAGUGUUGGAAAAACUUCACUGCUGAGGCGUUUCUGUGACGACUGCUUCUGUCCAGGAACCUCAGCUACUGUCGGUAUUGACUACAGUGUUAAGACUCUUGUCGUGGACAACAGUCAGGUGGCGCUGCAGAUGUGGGACACAGCAGGACAGGAGAGGUAUCGCAGCAUUACCAAGCAGUUUUUCCGCAAGGCAGAUGGAGUGGUGGUCAUGUAUGACAUCACUAGUGAGCAGACAUUCACAGCAGUGAGAUCCUGGCUGGCCAGUGUACAGGAAGGAGCAGGUGAAGACAUCCCUGUGAUGUUGCUGGGGAAUAAGACUGAUCUGGAGGGUCAGAGAGAGAUCCAGUUUAAGGCGGGUGAGAAAUUAGCUAAGGACUCUCAGCUGAUUUUCUUUGAGUGCAGUGCUUUCUCAGGCCACAAUGUAACAGAAUCUAUGGUCCAGUUGGCAAGGAUUCUAAAGGAACAAGAAGACAGAGAGAAAGAGAAAACAGUCAUCCUGGUUGACAGCCCCUCUAAGAAGAAGUCUUGCUGCUAGUAGAGCACCCCCUGUAUGUACAUUACUCUAUUCCUGUGCUCAGUGGUGCCUGUUUCCCCCUCUGUCUUUCAGUGUUCAUGGUGAUGUAUGUUUUCCCUCACCAUGCUGGUGUUUUAAUGGUCUCUGACACUUUUAGAAACGUUUGUAAUUUUUCUAUGUUUUUUAAGCAGCAGCACACGAACAGUGUUAUGGUCAAUAUGGGAAAGCCCAGGUUUUGCACUAUAGAAGGUUUUGGUGGAACAACUGUACAUAUAUUUCAUAUUAAGGGAUUAUACGAUUAAUAUAUAGAGCAAGAAUGAGACUGUAUAGUGAUACUGGAAGUAUGUGUGGAAAAAGAUAACAAUUAAAAUAGGUUUUAUACUUGUUAGUUAAUUUUAGGAGUAAUAAUCUCAGAAUAAGGCCUGUUGUUUACAGUGCAAAUGUUUACAUGACAGAAGUACAAUAUCUUUUAAAAGACAAAUUGGAGUUUAUUUGGAGUCAGAAGAUAGUUAUAGUAAUUACACUUCAUUUGAGCUUUAAGAUUUGAGUUUGAAAGGGGAAUUUGUGAUCUAUGUGGAAAAGUGGUCAACAAUCCAGGUGUUAGAGGCUCACUGUUCUUUCCCUCCAGCACAUUCUAUUUAUAGAAACAGACUUAUAAAGUUAAAAAGUGUGUGUCAAAGAUGGAGAAACACAAAUGUUGUGUUCAUACUUCAGGUAAAUCGGAUUUGUUUUACAAUUCAGAUCUGUUAAGAUGACUGUUCACACUCUUAUUUGUAAGUAAUCAGCUCGGAUUUGCAUGUCCAGACAUCACAAGCACAUCUGCAUGGGUUGUUGUGGUAACGAGGUUGACGUUAAUAACUAAUCAUUGGAGCUUUUCUUGGACCUCUGCAUUUUCAUUAAUCUGGAUUUGAUAAAGGGAGUUGUUUGUCUCAGUGUGAGUGAAGCAAAAGACUCACUAAAAU